GAGCUGCUCUCCUCGUCUGGACGUCCUCUGGCUUGCGAUUCCUAUACCGACUCUUGGAAUCGAAUCAUGAGGUUGGCUUUGCCCAGGUGCCUUUGUCUUCGGCCUUGGCCCUGGCCUUCGGACCGACUAUUCCUCCGAGCGCAGGGCACACUCUCAAUGACCUUCACGUAGCACUCGCAGCAAGCUCACAACUCCAUGUCCGGUGGCGCGCCAUGCCGCUUCUCAUCCACGAUCGCAAGCAUACCACCGACUGAACCCAGCUAAUAUGUUCAACUUUACGCCCCUGCUAGGCGCGCAGUCCGCGUCUCCCGCGUCGCAGUCAUUGUUGGAGUUCGACGGCGGCGUCAAGGUGCUGAUAGACGUCGGCUGGGACGAGAGCUUUGAUGUGGAGAAGCUGAAGGACAUCGAAAAGCACGUACCGACACUCUCCUUCGUCCUCCUCACCCACGCGACUACGGCGCAUCUCGGCGCCUUCGCGCACUGCUGCAAGCACUUCCCUUUGUUCACGCGCAUACCCAUCUAUGCCACCACACCCGUCAUCUCCCUCGGCCGUACCUUGUUACAAGAUCUAUACGCUUCGACGCCGCUAGCCUCCUCUAUCAUCCCGACCGAAGCCCUCACCGAAUCGGCCUACUCCUUCCCGUCUUUGAAGCAUGGAAACAACGCGAACAUCCUCCUCCAGGCACCGUCGCCGGAGGAGAUCGCAAAUUACUUCAGCCUCAUCAACCCUCUCAAAUACUCGCAGCCGCAUCAGCCGCUCCCUUCGCCCUUCUCUCCUCCCCUCAGUGGCCUUACAAUCACCGCGUACAGCGCCGGACACACACUAGGAGGCACGAUAUGGCACAUACAGCACGGUAUGGAGUCUGUAGUUUACGCGGUUGAUUGGAACCAGGCAAGAGAACAUGUCCUUUCUGGAGCUGCGUGGCUCGGUGGACCGGGAACUGGGGGCUCCGAAGUUCUUGAGCAACUGCGUCGUCCGACAGCAAUGAUUUGUAGCAGCAAAGGAUCGGGUUCGGUCACUAUUGCUGGGCAACGCAGCAAGAGAGACGAGGCUCUGUUGUCGAUGAUACGGGAUACAGUAGCAAAUGGCGGUUCUGUCUUGAUUCCCUCGGAUUCAAGUGCUCGGGUCCUGGAGCUUGCAUAUCUCCUGGAAGAGACAUGGCAGAAAGAGACGACCGAUCCAAGCAGUCCGUUGAAGAACGCAGGACUCUACCUCGCCACCCGAACUGGAGGUGCCACCAUGAGAUACGUGCGAAGCAUGCUCGAAUGGAUGGAGGAGGGUAUCGUGAAGGAGUUUGAGACCGCCAGCGGCGCACAGGAGGCCCAGGACCAGAGACGCAGCCGCGGACAUCAAGGCGGCGCGAGGGGGGACGACGACAAAGCCAGAGCACCCUUUGAUUUCCGGCACAUCACGAUGCUUGAGCGAAAGUCCCGAGUGACGCGAAUGCUGAGCGCAGCAGAACCUCGUGUCGUCCUGGCGAGUGAUACGUCCAUGGAGUGGGGCUUUUCGAAAGACGCGGUAAGGAGUCUAGCGACCGAUCGACGCAAUCUGAUCAUCCUUACGGAGCGGGUUGGCGAAUUCGGAGGACAACAGAAAGGACUAGGCAGGUAUUUAUGGGAGUUGUGGAAUGAACGGAGUGCUUCCUCGGGGCAGGAAUCGCUUUCAGCUUCAGUCAUCGACGCUUCUGGCAAUCAUACAUCGGUGCGGUCAAGCCGUACUGCACCCUUGGGAGGCAACGAGCUUCCUCUGUAUCAGCAGUACCUCGCUAGGCAACGGCAGUUGCAAAAUACUAUCCAGGGAGAUGGAAGCUCGGCGUUGGAAACCUCAGCAGACGUGGUAGAUGAUCGAUCCUCUUCCACUUCGACGACUUCAGAAGAUUCAGAUAUUGAACAUCAAGGGAAAGCUUUGAAUACAGCGACGACAUUGCAGCACGCACGGAAUAAGUUGGGUCUGAGCGAUGCGGAGCUGGGCAUCAAUAUCCUCAUCCGGCGGAAGAACGUGUACGACUACGAAGUGCGGGGUAAGAAGGGGAGGGAGAAGAUGUUCCCCUACGUCGCGAAGCGAAGACGAGCGGAUGACUUUGGUGACCUGAUUCGGCCAGAAGAGUUUGUGCGCGCGGACGAGGAGGACCAGGUUGCAGGAGAGGCCCUUCGUGGUGAUGGAUCAAAGAAAGAGAAUGCAGUUGGCCAAAAGAGGAGAUGGGAUGAUCUGGCUGUGGUGGCAGUUGACGGAGGACGUAGGAUUCCCAAUGGUACCCAGAAACGACGAAGAGGCGACUCUGACGCACAGCGGCCCGCAGACGGGGCAGAGUCUUCCGAUAGCGAGCCAGAGGAGGAUCCGGAUCGAGUCGAAGGCCCAUCCAAAGUCAUUCUUGGGACCGAGACACUGCAGCUGAACUGCCGAAUUGCCUUUGUCGACUUCUCCGGCCUACACGACCGCCGUACGAUCCAGAUGUUGAUGCCCCUCAUCAAGCCCCGCAAACUUAUCCUCGUCGCCGGCGAAGAAGGCGAGACGAACGAUCUCGCAGAAGAUUGCCGGAAAGUCCUCGGCACAGGCUCCGGCGACGCAGCAGCAGCAGAUGUUUUCACUCCCACUGUUGGCAUGGCCAUAGAUGCCAGCGUCGACACAAAUGCCUGGACCGUCAAGCUAAGCCGCGACAUGGUGCGCAAGCUGCAAUGGCAGAAGGUUAGAGGCCUCGGAGUCGUUGCUAUCACCGGUCGCCUAGCAGCCGCCUCACUCGAACCAACGCCCAAACAUGAAGAUGGCAGCGCAAAGAAGAAAGCCAAGCUCGAUGCUUCAGCAUCCUCGACUGCCGGCGAAGAAGACAAAAUGGACACCACACCCAUCCUCGACGUCGUGCCCUCCAACAUGGCAACUGCAGUGCGCUCCGUGGCGCAACCUUUCCAUGUCGGCGACCUCAGGCUCGCCGAUUUGCGCAAGAUAAUGCAGGCUUCGGGUAUGACGGCUGAGUUUAGGGGAGAGGGUGUGCUCGUCAUAAAUGGAACUGUGGCUGUGCGCAAGACGGCUACGGGCAAGAUUGAGGUGGACGGUGGUGCUUACAGUUUUGCGGACCCGAAAAAUGGAGAGAGCGCGACUUUCUUCAAGGUCAAGAAGAAGAUCUACGAGGGCUUGGCUGUAGUGGCUGGUCAUUGAGCAAACGGAUACAUGGCCAUGGACAGGAGAUGUGGAAAUGGAUAUGGUAGUAGAACUAAUGGCCGCCUUGGUGUGGUCGUGCUUGUGUUUUUACCACAUUCAGCGUCGUGUAGGAUAUGGGAGGGACUCAGUGCCUUUGAAAAUGAGAGCAUUACUAUCAAGGGACUACUAUCGAUCCAAGGGAAUUUGUGCCUUGGAACUGCCGCGCUCUCGUCUUGAAAUAUAUAUCCGCGGUAC